UCUCUCUCCCCGUGAUGCCACAUUUUCUGCCCACCCAGCAGUGAGCAUAAAAGCAGACCCUCCCCUCCCACAGACUUCAAUUCCCCGCUUAAGCCAGUGCUCACCUUCUUAGUCUCAAAAGCUUAACCAGAAGAUCAAGAAGAAGAUCGGCUAGCCAUGGCUCUUAAAAUCAAGACUCUUAUUCUUCUUCUCCUCAUACUCCUCAUUCCCUUGUCUGGUUUGGUUGAAGGCUUCAAGGAUCGCAUGAAUCCCAAUCAUCACUUACUUUACAAGGAUGGUAAUCGAAUGAUGAAGUACUACUACUCGAGGAAGCUUCAAGAGCUUGAUUCGCUGCUGGAUUAUGAUGAUGCAGGACCUAAUCCCAAGCAUGAUCCUAAUCCUCGGAAGAAUAGGGGUGGAGGUAGCAGGAACCCUUGACUACCUUAACUCCGGGACCUUUACUCUAUUUUAUCAUAUAUAUAUAUAUAGACCAUUCCCCGUCUGUGAAGAUUGAGGCUGCGAUCAUAUAUGUGUGUGUGUGUGUUGAGAAGCAAUAUCUAGAUAGCUAAUUAUUAUCAGAUGUAUAACCCUAGUUGUGGGUGUAGUAAGAGAGCCUAUAUAUAUAUUAUAUGAUACCAGAUCAUAUUUCCUAUGCUGUGAAUGCAGUUCGGUCUGCUGCUGUUGCUUGCAUGUCCUGGAUAUCUAUGAUCUAUAUUUACAUAUGAAGAUUGAAUAAAAUUAUCAGUUUCUGCUACUGCUAA